GCGAGGUGUACAUCAUGGAGCUGCUGCGGCUGGGAUGUCCCGUUCGGCUGUCGCAGCUGUCGCUGCUGCUGCUGGGGCUGCUCUUCGUGGGCCUGAGCACAGGGGCUGUCUUCAACUGCCCCAGGGAGACCAAGGAAGCGUGGGAUUAUGUGACUAUCCGAAAGGAUGCCCACAUGUUCUGGUGGCUCUAUUAUGCCAACAACCCUAACAAGACCUUCUCAGAAUUGCCCCUGGUCAUGUGGCUUCAGGGUGGUCCCGGUGGUUCCAGCACUGGAUUUGGAAACUUUGAGGAAAUUGGACCCCUGGACACUAACCUCCAACCACGAGCAACUACCUGGCUCCAAUCUGCCAGUCUCCUGUUUGUGGACAACCCAGUGGGCACGGGGUUCAGUUACGUGAACAAAAGUAAUGCUUAUGCCAAAGACCUUGCCAUGGUGGCAUCGGACAUGCUGGUUCUCCUGAAGAGCUUCUUUAGUUGCCACAAGGAUUUCCAGAAUAUUCCAUUCUACAUUUUCUCAGAGUCUUAUGGAGGAAAAAUGGCUGCCGGCAUUGGCUUGGAACUUCAUAAGGCAGUUCAGGAGGGGACCAUCCGGUGCAACUUUGCUGGGGUUGCUUUGGGUGACUCCUGGAUUUCACCUAUGGAUUCAGUCCUCUCCUGGGGUCCUUAUCUCUACAGCAUGUCUCUUCUGGAUGAUCAAGGGCUGGCAGAGGUGUCCAAGGCAGCAGAGAAGGUUCUGGAUGCCGUGAACCAGGGGCACUUUGAGAAGGCCACGGAACUGUGGGGGCAGGCAGAGAUGGUCAUUGAGCAGAACACAGAUGGGGUGAACUUCUAUAACAUCUUAACCAAAGAUACACCUUCGUCUACCAUGAAGUCAAGCCUGGAGUUCACCCAGAGCCAUCUCGUUUAUCUCAGUCAGCGGCGCCUGAGACAUCUGCACCGAGAUGCCUUAAGCCAGCUCAUGAACGGCCCCAUCAAGAAGAAGCUCAAGAUUAUCCCUGAAGACUGCACCUGGGGAGGCCAAGCCACCUCCGUCUUCCAGAACAUGCAAGGAGACUUCAUGAAGCCUGCCAUCAGCGUUGUGGAUGAGCUCUUGGAAGCCGGGGUCAAUGUGACUGUAUAUAAUGGACAGCUGGACCUCAUCGUGGACACUAUGGGUCAGGAGGCCUGGUUGCGGAAGCUCAAGUGGCCACACCUGCCCAAAUUUCAUCAGCUGAGGUGGAAGCCUCUGUACAGUGACCCCAAAUCUCCAGAGACAUCUGCAUUUGUCAAGUCCUACAAAAAUCUGGCAUUCUAUUGGAUCCUCAGAGCAGGACACAUGGUUCCAUCUGACCAGGGAGACAUGGCUUUGAAGAUGAUGAGGCUGGUGACGCAGCAAGAAUAGGACGACCAUGCUGGAGACGAGUCUCCCAGCUCUGACUGGGCAGCGUCAGCUGAAGGUUCCUCUGGCCUCCAUGGAAAUAGAUUCAUUCUGGAAAUCUGGGGAUCACUUCUAUUUCUCAAGCACCUUGGAUUUUUGUU